AAAAGUGAAUGACGUUUGGCUAAAAAUAGUUUUUUUUUUGUUGAAUAAAGUAGCGCGACACACCCGCUACUCACAAAAAUAUUGUCGAAAGAACUGUACAAUAUUGAACAUGUUUGAACAAAAAUCUCGAUUCGUUUCAUUAAGUGGUCCUGUGUAAAUUUUACAUUUUUAAAAGAAUCACAAUGUCGUCUUCCGCAUCAACAAGUGCAUUUUCUUCAUUUUUCACAAGUACAUUUACCAAAGAUGGCCUGCCGUUGUACAACGAUGUUUUUACCUCUGCUCCGCUUCUAGACGAAACAUUUUCUUCCAGCAUUUUUGCCGGAGCAACCAUUCUCAGACUCGAAUAUGAUAAGUCGAACAGUUCCGGAUAUUCCUUUUUCAUCCGUAACUCACUCGGGUGCCUUCAAGCCAAGGGCGAAGUGGACGGAUAUUCUAACAUAAAACUACAAAAUGUAAAUGGAACGGAAAUGUUGAAGAUUACCAAAAGGAAUGAAACGAAUGAACCGAAAGUACAAACGUUUGAAAUAAGCCACCAGAAUAGGAGCAUUGGAACAGUAAAAGUUACGGUAGAUGGUCCUGCCUCAACGUGCCUAAGAAUAAUUCACAACAGUGCCUACCCAGAAAAUUGCGUUCGAUCGUUGAAAAUUGGAGAUUUUACUAUAUACCGCCCCAAUUCAAUGUCCAAUCCAAUAUGUAACAUACAAAUGCCUAACGCUGACGUUUACAACUCAGAGGAAUAUGACGGAACGAUUAUUUUUCACCGCGAAACGGGAAUUAACGCCGAUGAACAAUUGCUGUGUACAGCAGCAGCUAUUGCGUUUAAAGUGGCCAUGAAACGAAAGACCACAAUGGAAGAUUGUGCUGGUAAAGCGUGUGGCUACGGAUUGGGUAUUGCUGUUGUCAUUCUCAUCAUUUUUGCAGUGGUACUUUGGAUUAGCCACUUGGAACGAGGAAACUGUUUACGAAGGAAGGCUGCUGGCUUUUCGAACUACGUAAACAGAGAGUGUUGAUGGGGAAGUUUGUCAAUUAUUUAUUGAAUUUUUAAUGUUGUGUCAACGCCCCGAGGAAGAAACGUUUUCAGCACAACUGACCAGGUACUUAUCGCUUUUUGUCUCGGAAUAUGCGAGCACUUAUACUCCUAAGAAGAGAACUUAUUUUUGCAAGUAAAUAAAGACCUUUAUGAAUGUUAAAAA